AGGUGGGAGAGUGUAGGCACCUGGACUGGGAGGCAGGGUUCGGGGUCAGACCGGGACCCGGGUCUCAGUGUCAGGAGGGUUUUUCACUUUUUACAGGAAUAUUCAGACGCUGGUGAAUCCAGAAGGUUUUAACUGGGGCAGCAAAAGACAAUGACAGCUCCUCAGCUUCUCCUUGAAAAUAUGAAGUGUUUGGACGGUUUAGGACCACAGCAUGUUUGUGACUGUGUUCCUGCUUCUGGUCACUUUUUGUGUCCAGGGAGGAAAUGGCCAAGAAGAGUCACAAAGGCCUGGUCAUGUUUCGGUGGUCAUAGUAGGAGGCACGGGGGAUCUAGCAAAGAAGUAUCUGUGGCAGGGCUUCUUCAAGCUGUACGUUAACCAGGUCAGUAGUGGAAACUCCUUUUCCUUCUAUGGAGGAGGACUGUCCCCUGUAGAGAAGUCCACACCGGUUCUGUUUGAGAUACUUAAAUCGGUGAAUUGCUCAAAGGAUGUAUCUGAGGAGCGUUGUGCUCUGGUCAAAGAGCAGUUUUUGCGGCUGGCACAGUAUCGGCAGUUAAAGACCCUCGAGGACUACCAAGAUCUGGCUAAGCACAUUGAGAAACAGCUGCAAGAAGAGGGAAUGGUAGAGGCAGGGAGGCUCUUCUACCUCUCAGUGCCAGCCUUUGCAUAUGCAGAUAUUGCAGGUAAGAUCAACAGCAGCUGUAGACCGUCCAGCGGGGCCUGGCUGAGGGUAGUGCUGGAGAAGCCUUUUGGACAUGACUACAAGAGCGCACAAGUACUCGCAACUCAGCUUGGGAACUCAUUGAAGGAGGAAGAAAUGUACAGAAUUGACCAUUACCUGGGGAAGCAGGUGGUUGCAAACAUACUUCCAUUCAGGAAAGAAAAUGGGAAGUUUCUUGAUUCCAUCUGGAACAAGCACCACAUCGAGAGAGUGGAGGUCAUAAUGAAAGAGACUCUGGAUGUGAAAGGUCGUAUCCCGUUCUAUGAUCAGUACGGAGUGAUCAGUGAUGUGCUGCAGAACCACUUGACAGAGGUUAUGACUCUACUGACCAUGAGGGUUCCAACGAACCUGAGCAACAGCGCAGAAGUUCUCCAGAAUAAGCUGAACAUCUUCACUUCACUGCUGCCUCUAGGGAAACACCAAGCUGUGAUUGGCCAGUACCGGGCUUACCAAAAAGAGGUUCAGAAGGAGCUGAAUAAGACAAAAGAUCAUGUCAGUCUCACACCAACAUUUGCUGCUGUUCUGGCACACAUUGACGAGCCUCAGUAUGAUGAUGUUCCAAUUCUUCUGAUCUCAGGAAAGAUGUUAGAUGAACGGGUGGGAUAUGCACGUAUUCUUUUCAAAAAUGACAUCUUCUGUCUUCAGAGCCACAACAGUGUUCAUUGCAAGCCCAAACAGAUAAUUUUCUACUUUGGACAUGGUCAGCUUCAAUAUCCAGCAAUUCUUGUGAGUAAAAAUUUAUUUAAACCAGUUUUAGUGGACAGUGAGUGGAAGGAAGUGACCGAACAUCAGGAUGUCACAGUUCUAGGUUUACCUAUUUCAGAUUAUUAUGUGCAAACUCCAGUAGUGUUGAAGGAAGCUUAUGCAGAACUUAUUUCUCACAUCAUUGCUGGACGCAGGAAUAAUUUCAUUAGUAAUGAGAAUCUCCUGGCCUCCUGGGACUUUUGGACACCUCUCCUCACAAGCUUAGCCAGCUCUUUUCCACGCAUCUAUCCUGGGGGAGUGGACAAUGGGGACAUGUUGGAUGUCAGUCUGAAAGGGAGGGACAUCCGCUACAUCAACGAGGUGGUUAUAAUCAGUCCUGAUCAGGUGGGUGGCCAGUCAACAAAUGGUUUCCAAGUAAUGCAAGGUAAAUUUCGUAGCGCUGACAUGGUGUCGGCCUGGAUGGAGGAGCUUGUGGAGAGACUAGCCACAGACAUACAGGAAGCGGCAGAAGCAGCAGUUCGUAAGGGCGGGGUUUUCCAUCUUGCCCUCUCUGGUGGGUCCAGUCCACUUGCCCUGUUCCAAAGGUUGGCCCUGCACCACUUCUCCUUCCCUUGGACGGAAACCCAUGUGUGGAUGGUGGACGAGCGUUGCGUCCCACCAACUGAACUUGAGUCUAACUUCUACAGCAUGCAUGAAUACCUCCUGCGGCACGUGAAGAUCCCCUAUUACAACAUCCACCCCAUGCCAGUGCAGCUUAACCAGCGUUUAUGUGUGGAGGAGGACAGAGGGACACUGGUGUAUGAAAGUGAGAUCAACAAGCUGGUUAAUGGCUCCAGCUUCCACUUUGUACUGUUGGGAGUCGGUUUUGAUGGACACACAGCCUCCCUGUUCCCCGGUAACAAAAUGAAUGACCAUGAGAAGAGUUUAGUGGCUCUCACUGAAAGCCCAGUCAAACCCCACCAGCGUAUGAGCCUCACAUUCACUGCCAUUAAUCAAGCCCAAAAGGUGGCUCUUUUAGUGAUGGGCAAAGGCAAACAUGAACUGAUCACCCAGCUGAGCCGAGUGAAGGACAACCCAGAGAAGUGGCCUGUUACUGGGGUGAAGCCCUCGAAAGGCAGCCUGGUCUGGUACAUAGACUAUGAUGCACUUUUAGGAUAGAGCUAACAUUUCAAAACACAAGGUGGACGUUUUUGUAGCUGCUUUAAAUUGGCAGCUGGUUCAUGGAAGACAUGGAAGAUCAAGCCCUAAAAGGACUAGUUAUUUCAGGUGGUUUAGCUUUAUGAACUAUAAAUGUCUGAAAAUGUGCCUAAAAAUCAAUGCAUACCUUCAGAAAUGAAUUAAAAUGAGAUGUCUGUUUGAGAGCACAGUAAUUCUAUCAAAGCUCCUUGUUGCUGCUGUUAAGAGAGGUGCUCCACAAGUCACUGCACUGACAUGGAAGAAAAACAGGCUUUUGACUUAGGUCAUUUCUUGCACAAUGUUUCUAAAAAUGUCUGCAACUGAAUGUAAAUUUGACAAAUAGAAAUAUUUGGCUCCAAAGCCAAACCUCCCUCAAAAACUUCUAUUUUCUCUAAAUUGGUUAAAGUAACAUUCAGAACAUGAAAUCGAUACCCAGAAAAUACAGGACAUCAGGUAAAAUAAAAGCUUUAACAUGACUUUUAAAACACAAAAAAACUUAAAUUAAUGAAUUAAAAACACGUCCUUUGGAUCUUUUGAAAACACAGCAGUAAAUCCUCACUGAAAAUAUCCUAUUCAAUUGUUUGCAGUUUUUACAUCUUGCAUCUUGGCAUGGAACAGAAGCUUAUUGAACAUAGGUCAUCUUGACCUAAUUUUUCAAGGUCAAAUGGCAACAUGUCCUUUCAACGAUAUAAUUGCAUUAUCUGAAGAAUGCAUUGAGAUAUUUACACAAAGACAAUCUAAAGUAAAUUAUAGGGCAGUAACUUUCAACAGAAUCUUACUCUAUAUUUGGCUGAGGGGUAUUAAAAGUGUGCAGUACUUUAUUUAUCUAAAGCAAAUGAUUGAUGAGUUGAAAAGUACUACAGUUUACAGGGUACAGGGUAUUUAACACUAUAAUAAAACCUGAUAUUAUGAACAUACGAUGCCUUGACGAGUUCCAGCAAACACAGAGAUUGACUUGGUCAUUAAUGAGGUGCAUGAUGUUCAUCACCAAUUUUUCAUCAAAUCUUUAAAACCCAAGUGAUAGUCUAAGUAUCACGAAUUCGUUAGUCUUUCUGUGAUUACACACCUGAAUCACCCCCCUCAUGAUGAACAACUUCGAAGUUUACUCCACCACAAACAAUCCAUUCGUUUAUUUGACAAACCGAAACCUAAACGAAACCAUCACUCAGGUUUGUUCGGAAUUCCACGUGAUAGAUAGCAAGAGGCAAUGAAGCCAUUUCCAUGUUUGUUGCUGCUGCGGCUAUAGUGCGGCUGUGUGGAAUUCCGAAAAAAACCUGAGUGACGGUUUCAUUUAGGUUUCGGUUUGGUAUGUAUACAAAUGCACUAUUUGUGGUGGAGACACUUCGAAGUUAUUCACCAUGAGGGGAGUGAUUCAGGUGCAUAAUCACAGAAAGACUAAUGGAUUCAUGAUGCUUAGGCUAUCAUUCGGGUUUUACAGAUUUGAUGAAAAAUUGGUAAUGAACGUCAUACGCAGCUUUAAAACCAUAAGUGUUUCUUUGUGUUAAAUGUAUCAGAUCUCAGGAAAAUGUGUAUAUUUACAGAUAUGCAGUUUUCUGUGUAAUCUAAAUUUUUUUUAUAUUUCUAAAUACUAUUGACCUUAAAGAUUUUUGGGUGUUUGGUAAGACAAAAAAUGAAUAUUUUUUAUGUAAGUAAAAAGAUGCAUACAGUCAUGGCCAAAUGUUUUGGCAGUGACGUAAAUUGAGUGAAUUUUUUUUGUCAAUAAAAGUCUUUUAAACUUAAAAUGCUUGUAGUUGUUCCUGAGAGUACUUCAGAAACAAAAAUUAAAAAAAAAAACUAAAGCAGCCAAGAUUGCAAAAACAAAAUUUGUGUCACUGUCAAAAUGUCUGGUCACACCUGUACACUUUUGAUAAAUGUCUUUAAGGUUAUGAAUUUUUGUGGUGAUUUACCAAUAAAAGGUACAUUCCCAACCUGCACACAUUACAGUACAUUCCAUUUAUUUACAGUAAGUAGACUUUAUUUCAGUUCUAAAUCAUUUUACAUAUCAGGUUUGCAGAGGCCUGUGUAGUCAUGUCAACAUUAUACCUGUUUGGUCCAAGUGAACAGAGGACGCUUUUCCCAGCAUCCUCCUCAACAAACGGCAGCAUCAGUCUGUACAAAAGUUGCUGUCGUAGGAAAUCACAUCUACACAAUACUAAGUUUGAGUGUUACGAAUAAAUUUGAGGUGAAUCAUUUGUUAUUUGAAUUGUAAAUAUAUCUCAUGAGUGCUUAAAUGCAGGAUUUUUAAAAUCUUUUGAUACAACGCUGUUUUUUCAGCAACCCUGUUUCUAAACCCGGUUUGUACUUUUUUUUUAUCAUUACAACUUUUAACAGUGUAAAGCAUUCCCAGUGUGUUUCCUGCUCUGUUGUUUUCCAGUUCAUUUUAAAUCUUUGAAUCCGUUUUCAUUUGCACUUAAGUCAUCACUGCUGAGUUGUAAGAAAACAUUCAGAAUUCAUAUCCGUAUGUUCAACUGUGUAACCAAACACUGAAUUGACUUUUUAAAGUGUAUAUUUAUUUCCAUGCUGUUAACAUGAAGCGACUGUAAUCUGAGCCCUUCAUCAAAUAAAAACCAAACAGCUGCUUUUCUGAAGUGACCAUUAAACAGGAGAAG